AUGAAAGCCAUACGACGGCUCAUCGGCCAGGAAAAGAAACCAACGACUUUUGAUACGCAGGAGAGGUCGAUUCCUGCGGUACCUGCCGACGAAAUCGGUCAAGAGCUCAAGAGCUGGGCCAAUAGCGUCGGUGUGGUGCUUGCACCCGUGGAUGCAGUAUGGUGGCAACUACAGAACAAGCAGGACCUGACGGUUGAAGAACGAGUGAAGUCGGGAGUCGUGGGGCUGCAGUUUCAUGGUGGAGGAUACAUGCUGGGGAGGCGAAGGAGACCGAGUCGGGGUUCUCUCGUACGCAUACCCCGAGGGCUGAUUCAGCACGGAAUAUGUGCAUCGGUCCUAUCUGUUGAGUAUUCCCUCAUCGGAUUAUCAGAAGAUGAUGAAAGCCGUCCCUUCCCGACUCAAUUGCUCGAGGCGGUGUCGGCGUACCGAUAUUUGCUCAAAGACAUGAACGUUCCCGCAAGUCGCAUUGUGUUCGUUGGCGAUUCUGCGGGAGCGCAUCUGGUGCUCGCUCUGCAACGCUACCUGUGCGAGACACAGACUCUACCUUUUCCCUCGGGAUUAUUCCUACACAGCCCGUGGUGCGAUCUCUCUGCAGACGCACAACGCCCUCAAAUGCCGCGUCUGCUUGGCUCGAUGACUGCCGACCACCUAUCUUCGCCUUACUUUUCACCUUCACUAAACCCGGCACCCCGACACUGGCCACCAACCUUGAUAUACUACGGCGAGACCGAGCAGUUCAAAACCUCCAUCGUGGCACUAGAAUCACAGCUGAAGAACGCCAACGCCAAAGUCACGGCCUAUGCGGCGCCAGGGAUCCCGGAGUACUGCAGCCACGAUUUCCUCAUAAUGGCAAACGUUGAGAAUGGGUUCCCUGAAGAAGUACGCAAAUGCUGGAGAAGGGUCAAAGGAUGGGCGCAGACUCUGGAAGCGAAGCGCUAG